AUGGAGCAACAGACUCUCCAUGACUUGACUCUCACGGGCUAUCCCCGGUGCAUGUUCCAAAAACUCAAAACAUCCCACAGCCCAACCAUUUCCCUGCCAGUAUCGCAGCAAAGCCACAAAUCUGCAUCUGACGAAGAGAGGCGCUUGGUGUCUUCAAAGUUAUACCAGCCCAUCCACCCGUGGCAAACAAGAAUUAUCAUCAUCCGUCCAGGAGAGGCCGGUGACCCUCUUGACUGUGAGCUUCAGACAGUUGACUUAAUCGCCAAAGAAGGCGUCGUGGUCCCCGCAUGGUCCUCCAUCGUUUCCUAUGAUGCGCUGUCUUAUAGUUGGGGCUAUCCGGAGUUCACGGCCACGAUCAGAUGCAACGGAACCGAUGUCCUUGUGACCCAGAAUAUGCUUGAAGCUCUCGUUUGUCUCCGAUACCGCCACGGAAGCCGCCACAUCUGGAUCGAUGCGUUUUGCACCUAUUCUGAUCGAUCUCGUAUUAAACACCUCAGAAACUUGAGGUUUAGACCUAAUAUCGGGGCUACGCCCUAA